GCUAAACAUUAAAGCAGGAAGUUUACCGGUCUUUGACAACAUGUUCGCUGUUUCACGUGUUACUUUGACACUUUUCAUAAUCACAAAUGUCUUCAAAUAAAGCUCAAAGCAAAUCGAGAAGAGGGAAAGAAGCGAAGGACUCGUCCAGUUUGCAAACGUCUCAUCAUGACGCAGGAAACGGCAACACAAACUGCUUCACUGUGGCGGAUUUUAUCGACAAAGCUGAUGACAAAACACCCAAAAGCUGCAGAUCAUCUUUAGUCCAACUGAGCCUCAGUUCCAUGAAAGCAGCUAGAGUCUGCAUCGGAAGACCAGUUCUGCUUACGAGCCACACUGCACAGCAGGUGUGUUUUGGGUGGCCCGUCUCCUCCUUUCCAGGCAGAAGAGUGGGUCUGCAGAAAUGUGCACAGACCAACCUGAGAGUGAAACCAGGGGAGGAGGUGCUGCUGCAGCCUGUAUCAGGACCUGUGCUUCAAGCACAACACCUGCUCCUGUCAUCGAGGUCAAAAGAUGACAUGCUGGAUACAGAGGAGUUUAAGAACUACUUCCUGAGGUCGCAGGCUGGAAACAUUGUCCUGCCUGGUAACAUUCUGUCCCUGUCCUACUUUGGCCGCUCUUGCAGUCUCCGGGUGGAGGCUGUAACAGGGGAGGACGGCGUCACCCUGCCGAGGGCGGCUCCUCCUCCUCCUGGAUCAGUCACUGAGGCCGAGGACUCCUCUCUGAUGACCUACGCGUUGGGCUCCACGUCGGCGGAUCUGUCUCUGCAGCUCAGCCUGCUCACUAUGGAUGACAGCGAAGACGGGGUAGCAGGCACACCCGGAGAGCCCGGUCCUGCAGCCAGCACCCCACGCCGGCCUGCUCACCCCUUUUGCCCUUCUUUGCCCACCACUCCUCUCACUCCUUCCAAUAACUCCCAGAAUCCUCCUGUGGUGGACAAUGUUGCCAGUCUGGAGAACUCAAUAAAUUCAGAGGCAGAGAAAAUCAGCACAGCUCCGCCUGCUGGUACACUUAGUACUGACACCUUCUACAGCCUGUCCUGCUGCACUGAAAUUUGCUUCAGCUCAAAGCACAGAAGAGAACAGGAAGAUCCAGAUGCAGGGUCAAAGGUUACUUACAGUAUGAUUGGCGGGCUCAGCAGCCAUUUGGAUGCCAUCAGAGAGACCAUUGAGCUUCCUCUCAAACACCCAGAACUCUUCUGUCGCUACGGGAUUCCACCUCCUCGAGGAAUUCUUUUGUACGGCCCUCCUGGCACAGGCAAAACUAUGAUUGCACGGGCCAUAGCCAAUGAGGUUGGAGCACAUAUGACAGUCAUCAACGGCCCAGAGAUCGUGAGCAAAUUCUACGGUGAGACAGAAGGGAGGUUGAGGCAGAUCUUCACCAAAGCGUCUCAGAGGCAGCCGGCGAUCAUCUUUAUCGACGAGCUGGACGCGCUGUGUCCGAAACGAGAGGGCGCACAGAAUGAGGUAGAGAAGCGGGUCGUCGCUUCUCUCCUUACUCUAAUGGAUGGGAUUGGUUCAGAGGGUCACUCAGGUCAGCUGUUGGUUCUCGGUGCCACAAACCGGCCCCAUGCCCUUGACCCCGCCCUACGCCGACCAGGACGCUUUGACAAGGAGUUGGAGGUUGGAGUUCCGGGUGCGGCAGAGCGUGCCGAUAUUUUGCGGAAGCAGCUGAACUCGGUGCCUUGCAGCGCCACCACAGAGGAGCUGACCCAGCUGACCGAUGGCGCUCAUGGAUAUGUCGGAGCCGAUCUCGCUGCCGUUUGCAAAGAAGCAGGUCUACAUGCACUAAGGCGAGCUCUGGGAGGUUCCCAUCCACUGUCAGACCAACAGCUGAUGGGGUCAGUGACCGUUACGCUGGAGGACCUCCAAUGGGCCAUGUCUCUUGUGAAACCCAGUGCCAUGAGGGAGGUCGCCAUUGAUGUCCCCAAGGUCCACUGGUCAGAUGUGGGCGGGAUGGAAGAGGUGAAGCUAAAACUGAAGCAGGCCGUGGAGUGGCCUCUAAGGCACCCCGAGGCCUUCACCCGUAUGGGGAUCGAACCACCUAAAGGGGUCCUGCUGUAUGGGCCCCCAGGCUGCUCCAAGACCAUGAUUGCCAAAGCCCUGGCCAAUGAAAGUGGGCUCAAUUUCCUUGCUAUUAAAGGACCUGAACUUUUGAGCAAGUAUGUUGGAGAGUCUGAGAGAGCCGUGAGGGAGGUGUUUCGGAAGGCGAGGGCUGUCUCGCCGUCCAUCGUCUUCUUUGAUGAGAUUGACGCUGUAGCCAGUGGAAGAGGAAGCGCCUCAGGCUCCGGCGGUGUAGGCGAUCGGGUCCUGGCUCAGCUCCUGACAGAGAUGGACGGCAUCGAGCAACUCCGAGACGUCACUGUGCUGGCUGCCACCAACCGGCCCGACAUGAUCGAUAAGGCUCUGAUGCGUCCAGGUCGCCUUGACCGAAUCAUCUAUGUGCCUCUUCCAGAUGCUCCAACCCGAAAAGAAAUAUUUUCCCUCCAGUUCCGUAACAUGCCUGUGGCUGAAGAUGUGAGCAUUGACAACCUGGUCAUCCAGACCAACAAAUAUUCUGGUGCAGAGAUAGCGGCGGUUUGCAGAGAGGCGGCCCUGCUGGCUCUGCAGGAGGACAUCACAGCUCAGAAUGUUACGGAGGCGCACUUCGACCACGCCCUGAAGACCGUGAGGCCUCGAAUCCCCGACUCCCUUAUCCAGUCCUACAUCAGCUACCAGCAGCAGCACAGCGGCCUGUGCUUCUUCUGACUUGCAACGGCUGUGGAUGGUCUGUUUAUGUGGAAUUAGGGCUUGAAUAUUUAAUACUGCAGCUUCUCAGCCGCCCAGCGUCUGCUGAACAAAUUACUGUCAUCAGGCCUGAGCUCACAUGAUAAAAUGGCAGCAAGCGCUGGUGAAAGGAGGGAUUUCUUUUAUGUAGCUGCUGUUUGUGCUCAGAGAAAAUGUGGUUUUUCACUCCACAACUUACCGUGUCAAGACAAAAA